GAGGGUAUGGCCUUGUGAAGGAGACGCUAGCUAGUGUCAUGCAAAUUGCAUCUGAGGAAUAUAUGUUAGAGAGAGAGAGUGAGAUAAAUAUCAAACCAGAGGGAAAAAAGUGACAGAGAAAGUGUUGGUCUUGUUUGUCUGUGUCUGUCCUAAACUCAGGAACCCUAGCUAAUCUCUGAAGCUAUCAAGAAAGCCCUUUUCUUUCCUACAUAACCCUUUGAGGAAAGCUAGAGAAGAAGAAUAAGAAAGAUGAUGAGUCUAAGUGGAAAUGGUGGGAGAACAAUAGAGAGGCCUCCAUUUACACCAACACAAUGGCAAGAACUGGAGAGUCAAGCCCUAAUUUACAAGUACAUGGUCUCAGGGGUUCCUGUCCCACCUGAGCUCAUCUUCUCCAUUAGAAGAAGCUUGGACUCUUCCUUGGUCUCUAGACUCCUCCCUCACCAAUCUCUUGGCUGGGGAUGCUAUCAGAUGGGAUUUGGUAGAAAACCAGAUCCAGAACCAGGAAGGUGCAGAAGAACAGAUGGUAAGAAAUGGAGAUGCUCAAGAGAAGCAUACCCAGAUUCAAAGUACUGUGAAAAACACAUGCACAGAGGAAGGAACCGUGCCAGGAAAUCUAUUGAUCAGAAUCAGACAACUGCUCCUUUAACAUCACCAUCUCUCUCUUUCCCCAACAACAACAACCCAAGCCCUACCUUGUCUUCUUCUUCUGCCUCUACUUAUUCUGCUACUUCUUCAUCUCCUUCUAUUGAUGCUUUCAGUAAUAUCAAUAGGUCUGGUGUUGGUAGUAGCAUCAGCAGAGGUUACUUCAACAACCAUUCCCUUGACUAUCCUUAUCCUUUGUCCUCACCUAAACAACAACAGCAACAACAGACUCUUCAUCAUGCUUCUGCUUUGUCACUUCACCAAAACACAUCUACUGCUUCUCAGUUCAAUGUCUUAGCCUCUUCAACUGACCAUAAAGACUUCAGAUACUUUCAAGGGAUUGGGGAGAGAGUUGGAGUUGGAGUUGGAGUUGGAGUUGGAGUUGGGGAGCGAACAUUUUUUCCAGAAGCUUCUAGAAGCUAUCAAGAUUCUCCAUACCAUCACCAACAGCCGUUGGCAACAGUAAUGAAUGACCCGUACCACUGUAGUACUGAUCAUAAGGUUGAUCAUCAUCACUCAUACUCAUCCGCAUCAUCAUCGUCUCAACAUCAACAUGAUCAAGAUCAUGAGCAUCGACAACAACAGCAGCAAUGUUUCGUUAUGGGCGCUGACAUGUUCAACAAACCCACAAGAACUGUCUUCUCAAACACAUCGAGACAAGAUCAAGAAGAGGAGGAGAAAGAUUCAUCUGAAACCAAGAAGUCUCUACAUCAUUUCUUUGGUGAGGACUGGGCACAGAACAAGAACAGUUCAGAUUCUUGGCUUGAUCUUUCUUCCCAUUCAAGACUCGACCCUGGUAGUUGAUUGAGACCAUGUAGCAUCAGUGAUGGGUCUGCACCAACACACACACACACACACAAGUUUGAAACGUUGAAGGGUCACACUUCACCACAUCUAUUUCCGUGAAACAUUGAGAGACAAAGACACUGUUUGCAGAAACCUACUAUGUAUCUCCAUGUGUGUGUUGGGUCCAACAAGACAAUUGAUCCGACAUUUAUAUAUAUUAUCUCUGUGUGUUUUUCUCUCUUUUUUUCCUGCUACUGUUGUCUUCCAAGCUAUCGUUUUUUUCUUAUCUCACUCUCUAGUGUAGCUGACAGAAACACAAAAGUGAACAUGACUUUUGUGAUGGUUAUAUUUGAUUUGUUUCUUAGGAUGCAA